CUCCCAUAAAUUCCUUCACACAGAUCCCUCUUGAAAAUCCUCUCCAAAUGAUGCCUCCAAAUUCAACCCAAUACCCUCAACAGUUCCUCUCCACUGUUCUCUCCCAACGUGGCCCAUCAUCCCUCCCUUACAUCGAAGAUGUCAAAUGGUUAAUCCGUCAACACCUUCUUCAAUUACUCGAUAGUUACCCUUCACUUCAACCUAAAACCGCUACUUUCACACAUAACGAUGGUAGAACAGUAAAUCUAUUACAAGCUGAAGGUACUAUCCCUAUGGUAUAUCAACAAGUUACUUAUAAUAUCCCUGUUAUUAUUUGGUUAAUGGAAUCUUAUCCACGUCAUCCACCUUUGGUUUUUGUUAACCCGACCCGAGAUAUAGUUAUUAAACAUGCCCACCCCUUUGUUAACCCAUCUGGUGUUGUGGGUAUUCCUUAUUUGCAAAAUUGGGUUUACCCAAGUUCAAAUCUUGUUGAAUUAGCUAGGAAUUUGAGUCAUUUUUUUGGUAGGGACCCGCCUUUAUACGCAAAACGACCGACAAACCCUAACCCUAGCAUACAUCCACCCCCAAGUACGAGUUUUUCGGUCGGCGGGUCGAUCCGGCCCGUGAUACCUCCACGGGCAUUUCCGCAAUCGCCGUAUGGGAGUGGUGGUGGUGGUGGUGGGACGGGGCGGGUAAUGGAUGAUCCGUCAGUGGUGUAUAAGAAGAACACGAUAUAUAAGCUAGUUGGGAGUUUACAUAGGGAUAUAAUCGGGUUGAGGGAAGCGCGAGAGACAGAUACGGAUAUAAUCGAAAGAGACAAAUUGCAAGAAGAAUUAAUUGUCAUUGAGGCUAGACAUCUAAUUAAAGUGAACAAAAUGAAGGAGGAAUUAAUUGGCUUGAAGAGUAAACAACAUUUUGACUUGAAAAAAGUUCUAAACUUGGAGGAGAAACUUGCAAAUACAAGGAUGUUGCUUUUGAUUCCGUGGGGAAUAUUUAUUGGCUUUUUGGCGGCUUCCUUAAUCAACUGA